CAGUUAAAACCUCGUGAAGUGAAGCGCGGGAAAAUUAAAUUGUCGGAAGUUGGUAUAGCAUGUUUUGACAUUAGGCUAAGAUGGCGGUAUUUUUCAGUAUAUCUACGGGGUAGAGGUAUCGUCUUCUUUAAUAUUUUGGGAUUUUGCUAGACAAUUUAUUGCCAAUGAAUUAUGGAGGCUAGUGCGAGUACCGGUACUCGUACAAUGCGAUUUAUGAUGGAAGGUGUCGGAGCCCGGGUCAUUCGUGGACCUGAAUGGAAGUGGGGUAAACAGGAUGGAGGAGAAGGUCAUGUAGGAACUGUUAGAAAUUUUGAGUCCCCAGAAGAAGUAGUUGUUGUUUGGGAUAACGGUACAGCAGCUAAUUAUCGAUGUUCUGGUGCAUUUGAUCUGCGAAUUUUGGAUUCAGCUCCGACAGGUGUAAAGCAUGAUGGAACCAUGUGUGAUACAUGUAGACAACAACCAAUUUUUGGAAUUCGUUGGAAAUGUGCAGAAUGUGGAAAUUAUGAUCUAUGUUCUAUCUGUUAUCAUGGAGACAAACAUCACUUAAGACAUAGAUUUUAUCGUAUAGCAACUCCUGGCAGUGAGAGAGUAUUACUAGAACCAAGACGUAAAAGUAAAAAGAUCGCGAUUCGCGGAAUAUUUCCUGGUGCAAGGGUUGUCCGAGGUGUUGAUUGGCAAUGGGAAGACCAAGAUGGUGGAAAUGGGCGAAGGGGUAAAGUUAACGAAAUUCAAGAUUGGUCAGCAGCCAGUCCACGUUCAGCCGCUUAUGUUAUAUGGGAUAAUGGAGCGAAAAAUUUGUACCGCGUCGGUUUUGAAGGAAUGGCCGAUUUAAAAGUUGUUAAUGAUGCUAAAGGUCAGACAGUAUACAGGGAUCAUUUACCACUAUUAGGUGAACAAGGCCCAGGUCGCACAGGUCCGCAUGGAUUACAAAUCGGAGAUCAGGUUAAUGUUGACUUAGAAUUAGAAAUAGUACAGUCAUUGCAACACGGACAUGGUGGUUGGACAGAUGGUAUGUUUGAGUGUCUUGGCACUACCGGGACUGUUGUUGGUAUUGAUGAGGAUCAUGAUAUUGUUGUAUCAUACCCGAGCGGUAAUCGUUGGACGUUUAAUCCUGCUGUAUUAACGAAAGUACAAAUACCGGUACCAGUUACCAGUUCAAGUUCUGAUAACCAAACGUUUGCGGUUGGAGAUUUGGUACAAAUAUGUAAUGACUUAGAGAAAAUAAAGCUACUUCAACGAGGUCAUGGGGAAUGGGCCGAAGCAAUGGCACCGACAAUGGGAAAAAUUGGGAGAGUUCUACAAAUAUAUCACGAUGGCGAUUUGAAAGUAGAAGUAUGUAGUACUUCUUGGACGUAUAAUCCUCAAGCAGUAACUAAAGUUGCAAGCAGCGAUGGUAGCGUUCCAGGAAAUAGCAGUGGAGAACGUUUGUCAGCAUUGUUGAAAAAAUUAUUUGAAACCCAUGUCUCGGGUGAUGUUAAUGAAGAAUUAGUAAAGACUGCUGCAAAUGGCGAUGCUGCUAAAUGCGAAGAAUGUUUGAAGAGACCCGAGGCCGAUGUGAAUGGUGUAUUCGCUGGUCACACUGCAUUACAAGCCGCAAGUCAAAAUGGUCACUUAGAAGUGAUAAAAAUUCUUCUUCGUUACAAAGCAGAUGUUGAAAUUGAGGAUAAAGAUGGAGACAGAGCUGUACACCACGCUGCAUUUGGAGAUGAACCGGGUGUAAUGGCGUUGUUAGCUGGUGCUGGAGCUGACUUGAAUGCGAGGAAUAAAAGACGUCAAACUGCCCUCCAUAUCGCGGUUAAUAAAGGACAUGCUGGUGUAGUGCGCACGUUACUGGAAUUAGGAUGCCAUCCAAGUUUACAAGACUCGGAAGGUGACACACCUCUUCACGACGCGAUCUCUAAGAAACGGGAUGACAUGUUGGCUCUGUUGUUGGACCAUGCCGCAGACAUCACCCUCACGAACAACAAUGGAUUCAACGCUCUGCACCAUGCCGCUCUUCGUGGAAACCCAAGCGCGAUGCGGGUGCUCCUCUCGAAACUUCCGAGACCAUGGAUAGUGGACGAGAAAAAGGACGAUGGUUACACGGCCCUUCAUCUAGCUGCCCUAAACAAUCACGUGGAAGUUGCUGAGCAGCUGGCACGUGCUGGAAAAGCUGACCUGGAUUUGCAAAACGUCAAUUUGCAGACCGCGCUGCACCUUGCAGUCGAGCGACAACACACACAGAUCGUUCGCCUGCUGGUACGGGAAGGCGCCAACUUGAAUGUUGCGGACAAGGACGGCGACACGCCUCUUCACGAAGCCUUGAGAUAUCACACUCUAUCGCAGCUGCGACAGCUGCAGGAUGUUCAGGACGUAGGACGCCUCCUGAUGGGCCUGGGCGCGCAAGGACAGGACAAGAAGAGCAGUUCAUUCAUUGCCUGCUUCUUGGCUGCCCACGGGGCUGACCUAGAAUUAAAAAACAAGAAGGGACAGACUCCCCUCGACCUCUGCCCGGAUCCAAAUCUCUGCAAAACAUUAACUACUUGUCACAAGGACAGAGAAUCACACGAUAUUGAAACAGCAGCUCCAUCAGGUACAAUCGACGAAUGUUUAGUCUGUUCGGAUGGAAAACGUGAAAUGCUUUUCACCCCCUGUGGACACGUAGCUUGCUGUAAUGCUUGCGCACCAAGGGUGAAGAAAUGCCUGAUCUGCAGGGACAAUGUCCUAACAAGAACAAAGAUCGAAGAAUGCGUGGUUUGCUCCGACCGUAAAGCUAGUAUGUUGUUCCGUCCAUGUGGGCACAUGUGUGCCUGCGAAAGCUGCGCAACCCUUAUGAAGAAAUGUGUCCAAUGUAGGUCUCAAAUUCAGCACAUGCUACCAUUAUCAAUGUGUUGUGGCGGAGGAGGCAAUGUCACUUAUGUGAAGGGUAUCAAUGCUUCAGGUUCGAUAUCAGACGUGAAGAAUGAUGCAGAAGAAGAAACGAUCCCACAGAAUACCGGAAGCGGAGAAGCUAUUCUGAUGAACAAUGGUAGCCGAGAUACAUCUCAUAGCGAUAUACAGAAACUGCAGCAGCAACUUCAAGACAUCAAAGAACAGACCAUGUGUCCAGUUUGUCUGGAUCGUUUGAAGAACAUGAUAUUCCUGUGCGGCCACGGAACCUGUCAAAUGUGCGGAGACCGGAUGUCAGAGUGUCCGAUAUGUCGAAAAGCGGUAGACAAGCGAAUUUUGCUCUAUUAAAUCUAGAUAACUGGGGCCGUUAAGAGCCAGAGUUUUGUGUUAGGAAAAAGUAUAAUAGCAAAGGAAUAAUUAAAUAUUGCUUCGAUUCGGUGACUGAAAUGUUAACGAUGAUCAUCCAAAGUACCAAAUUCUAUAACCCAAUUAGUGUUUUUUUUUUUAAACAAGCUGCUAUCUCGAUGAUCCUGCGACUUAUAAUAUGAAUUUUGAAAAACAAAGAAUAAAAAUCAUGUAAUAUUUAUUUAUUCCUUUCCCGAAGAAAGUAGGUUGCUAAACAAAAAUUUCGUUCUUCAACGAAUAUCACAACUUCAGUUCACAAUUUGCAGCGCAACUGUAAGUUGAUUAUACAAAAUAGAUUAUUAUUUUGCAAGGUAGAUAAUUAAUGAAACUGAUUUUCAAUGUAGUAAAGUCCUAAACGAGUCGAUUACGUACUUUAGUAAUAAUCUAUUCUUUUUCUUUCUUCCGAUUUUUUCGAUUUAAUUUAACAACAAAUGCAUCAUUGUCUUCUAGUAUAAUUAUUACUGAUCGCCAGAUACACUGACUAACAUUUCCAGGCAAUCAUAAUAUUUUCAUUUCUCCUUUUUUCUUUUACGGUACACUAUUUGUACGCACAACUAUCUUUUAGGUCCAUUUAUACAUAUUCGUAUUGUAUUAGGUUCGCAUAGUGAUGGGUCUAAGUACUAUGGUAAACGUAAAAAAAACAUGCAAUUUAAUUUGAAAUAUCAAUCGAAACAUUCUAUUAUUAUCUACAAUAAAAUAUUAAAGUACUCGGAUCGAAAAUUUAUGAAUUCAAAAGAUAUCUUAGGAAGAGAGUUAGGCUCUCCCUGUCUCUACCUAAGAUAACUUUUGAAUUCAUUAAUUUUCGACCUAAGUGCCAUAAUACUUUUUUAUACAGAAUAUCAAGAUGUAAAAAAAAAAUAAAAGAAAACGGAAUUGACUUUGAAAUCUUUGGAAUAGCUCCGCUUCCGGAACUGAAAUAUGGAUGUUCCAUUCAGUGCCACUUAAUUUUAUCUAAUGAAGUUAGAUAUUUUUUUUUAUAUAUGUAUUUUUCUACCAUUUUCUAUGUAGUUUGAUCCAGUUGCAUAGGACACUGUACGAGGGGAAUAAUUAGGUACAUAGCACGAUUAUGUAUAAAUGGAUCUUUGAAUCUGUAUCAAAUAUAAUUUCUCAUCAUAUCCUACCAACGAACCUUUUUGUAAAACUUGCUUUUGUCAAUCAGAGACGAUAAACUGCAGGAUAAGAAAAUUGUUAUUUCUCCAGAUAAUGAAUUCUCAUUAAAUUGAAACAACUCGUUCGAAACUAUUGAUACCAUUCUAUUUUAUACUUCCUUUUCUACAAUUCCAAUUUUGAUAUGUUUAUUAUUUUUGUGAUUUGUAUUGUACUAUAGCUUGUAUUUUACAAUGUAUUCUGGUGAAACCGAUAAUUCCUUUUUGUACAAUAGUAGUCGAAGAAAUAUCAAUUUUUGAGAUUUAUGAUUUUUCUUAUCCCGCAAGUAUUUCAUUCGCACUUUUUGUAAAUAUUACUAUAUAUUGGCAACACUAUCACUGUUCUUCAACUGUGUAAGUAUAACUUUUCAACUUUCCCUAUUUGAAAUUCCAUUAAUUGUUAUCUUUUUUAAAGUCUAAAUACAUAUAUUCAUAAUGACAAUGAAUAGUGCCAAUUAGUUUUACAGAUCACAGAUCAUUUUCAAUCUUUCUUUGACAGAAGUAAUUCGCAAUUCAUUCAAUUUUAGGAAAGCAAAGUUAUUAAAAGGUAAUAAACAUUUAAUGAAAAUCUAGUUUGCUAGUUUAUGGAAGACUUAAGAUCUGUUUUUCAUCCAUUUUAUUGAACUAAAGUUAGUAGAAUUAUACAAAUAUAUAUAUAUGUAUUAAUUAUUCGCGGAAAAGUAUAAAGAAGACUAAUUGUACAGAAUAAGUUAUGAAACGCUUAGAUUAAAAGAUUUAAUGAAUUCUGCUUUCCGAUCUGAUGUUUCUUUUUUUUUAAAUCUUCAAAAAAUGAAAAUUAUACUAUAUUAUUUGAAUUGGUUUAAUAAUAGUAUAUUGUUUAUUUCAACUAUUGUAUAUUGAUAUACAUAAGUAUGAAAAAAUGGAACUCGUUAAACUAUUUAAUUUUCCUCCUCAUUUGUCAUUAUAUGCAAGCAAAAAACGGAUAUGGCUUGUUUCGCUUGUAUGGCACAUCCAAUAUGGGUCUAUAUGGUGAGGAUAUUAAUUUAGUAACUGUGUAAAAUUAGCAUUUAGUGAUUUGUAUAUGCUAUUUAAUCCUUUUCCUGAAAAAGGAUAUUCAUUUCUAUGAGCAUUUUGUUGAACAUCCUGUUCUGUCUAUUAUACCUUCCAAUGAUCGAUACUAAUCAAUUAAAUCCACUAAUCAAUAUUUCUUUAAUUUUAAAUUUCAUUUAUAUUCGACCGUAGGUAUAUAUUAUUUAUGCACCGUACUACAGUUCGAUAAAGAUUCAUCGAUUCAUCCCUAAAUGUAUAACAUUUUUUUAUAUAUUUUUAUAUAAAGCAUAACAGAUUCUUUAAAUUUUUAUUCUAACAUAACAAUGGCAUU